AUGGCUUGGGUCACUUUAGGGCUCUCUGCUAACCAUUGGUACCAUGCUAGAGGAAUAGUGAGUGGUUAUAUGAUUGGUGGAGUAUUAACUACUUUUGUGAUCUUUUCGAUAGAGCCAAUAAGAAGGAAAUUUUGGGAGUUUUUUAUGAAGCUACAUUGGUUGCUAAUUUGUUGUAUGCUUGUUAGUUGCAUCAUUCAUGAAGUUGGGGCUGGAAUUUUAACUAUAGGAUACUUUGCUCUUGAUGUUAUAUGCAGAAUUUAUACAAUAAAGAAAUAUAGCUAUUUAUCUGCAAGUAUUGAAAUAGAGAGAGUUGGAGAUAGUGUUGUAAAGAUAUCUAUGCAUCAUGAGCUCUUUUUGUGGCAUCCUUUUUCAGCAUUUAGUGCUCCCCAUGAAGAAUAGCUUGUAUUUUAUGUAAAAUAGUCUGGAGAUUGGACUGAAGCCCUUUUCUAAUUAGCUGGAAAAUAGGGUAAGCCUGUUAAUGUUAGAGGUUAUAUUGAUGGCCCUUAUGGAUCAUACUCCAUUAGUUUAGAUAGAGAUAAGUAUUAACAUUUUUUAUGCAUUAGUGGAGGUAUUGGAAUAACUCCAAUUUUUAGUCUUGUUAAAUAAUUGAAUUUUUAAGUGCGUGAAGGAAGAUUAGUUUAAAAUAUUCAUUUUAUCUGGGUAGGAAGGGAUAAAUCUGUAAUUGAAAACAUUUUAGAUCAAACAUAACUCAAGUAGCUUGAAGUCGAAGAUAAUAAAAUCACAUUAAGAAGCUACUUGCAUUUCACGAACAGUAAAGUAUCAAAUGUGAUUAAAUAAAAAUAAAACUAAGGAAAUAUCAAGUACAUCCUGGGAAGACCUGAUUUUUCUGCAUAUUUUGAAAACAUGCAUAAAAUUGCUAAAUAAAAUUAAACCAAUCUUGUUGCAGUUUUGGUUUGCGGUCCUUAAUCAUUAAUUUUUGAAGUUGAAAAUCAUGCAUCAAAAAACUCAAAAGAUGGGAUUAGAUUUGACAUACACCAAGAAGUGUUUGAAUUGUGA